CAUCACAGGUGAUACGCUGUGGCGACCCCUAACCGGGAAAAGCCGAAAGAAGAAGAUAUUGCUUUCAGUUGCAUCAUCUAUAAGUUUGUAGUGAAAUGUGGGCAGGCUGUGCUAUGCUACAGAUUGACAUCCAUUACUGUACUUCUUAGACUCGCAAGAGAUUCGAGACAAUUCAACAACGUAUUUUGUUAAACCAUAUUUUAUUGUUUGUUAAUAGUCAAUUGUUCUUGCCAUUGUAUUUAUCAGUCAGCUCACACUUGUUUACUAAGCAGGUUUGGGUAUUCUGUGGUAAGAAUUGUUACGUUAUCUGACAUCUCAACACACACACACAAUGACGAAAUCAAUCCGAACCUGUCGUAUGCAUGCAUUAUAACAGUUUAAGAAAAUCUAUUACACCCCGGAGUAAAAAGACGAUCGAUGCCGGAAGAACACACACGCAAACUUCGCUGCAGAUGACAUGUACAUGCCUUUGGUGAUUUCCAUCGAUUUAGGAACUGUAUUGGGUGAGAGGAUCAUGUUGGGGAGGAAGUUGCCAUUGGAUCUUGAAAUGGAGCCCUGCAAAGCUUGGAGUCUUUGCCUGAAUUCAAGAACUGUUUUACUUGUAUGCAGUCCCAUCCAGUGAGUCAUCAGCAAGGAUUUGAAAAGCAGGAAGUGGGAUAAUCUGAGUGUGUGACUGUAGAAGAGGUACCUGGCACAGAACAAGAAACCUAUAAAAGGAAUCACUGUCUAAAAAGGACAAAUGGCCAAAGAAGACAGAGAAGCCCAGGAGGAUGAAUUACUCGCCCUUGCUGGUAUUUUUGAUGAAGAUGAAUUCAAAAGGGAUGAAUCUUCUCAGGGUGGUGAGAUUCAAAUCUGUCUCACAUUGCCGCCAGACUUUGGAGUACUGAUGGAUGACAGAAAUGAGCAGCUUGAAUACAUUGUUGACGGUUUGCCACCAGUUGUUCUGAAAUUUGAUCUCCCGGCAGAUUACCCGUCAGAUUCUCCUCCUACUUUCAGACUUCACUGCAUCUGGCUUACUGCAAGUCAGCUUACCAGUCUGUGUACACAGUUGGAUGAAAUCUGGAAAGAAAACACAGGUUGUGUUGUUUUAUUUUCAUGGAUACAGUUUCUCAGGGACGAAGCUCUCUCUUUCUUGAAUAUCGGUUCUUCAUUACUAAUAGAGCCGUCUGAGAUAAGAAGGUGUUGUCACUGUCCUUUGGCUUCCACGGAAACUGAACAAGCAGGCAUCGAGGAAGCAGAAGCCACAGUGGGUGCAAGCUGCUGUGACCCAAGAGCUGUACAAGAUGUGGAGUCAUGGGGAAAUAUUCUGCCAGAAAUCCUAGAUUUUAACCAACAUCAGAAACAAAAAUUGUUCAAUAGUAAAGUGUACUGCUGCAAGAUAUGCUUUCUAGAGAAAUUUGGAAGUGACUGCUUAUGUUUUACUGACUGUGAACACGUAUAUUGCAAAGCUUGUCUGAAAGAAUAUUUUGAAAUCCAGAUCAAGGAAGGCACUGUUCAUUUACUUAUCUGUCCAGAGCCAAAGUGCACUUCUGUUGCCACUACAGCACAGGUAAAACAGUUGGUUGGAGAAGAGGCAUUUUCCCGUUAUGACCGUCUCUUGCUUCAGAAUGGUCUGAGUCUAAUGACAGAUAUUGCGUACUGUCCACGAUUAAGCUGUCAAACUGCAGUGCUGAAAGAGCCAGACAGUGAAAUGGCUGUCUGCAGUAACUGUUUGUUUGCCUUUUGUACCAAGUGUAAUCUGUCGUACCAUGGAAUUGCUCCAUGUUAUGAUAAACUAGUUGAAGAACUAGCUAUGCCAGUAAAUGAUGGCAAACCUGCUGCUGAUGCUGGAGGUGCAAAGCCAAAAGAACGCAGAAUAAAAAACAAACAGAAAGCCAUCAGAGAGAGUGAAAAGUGGGUUAAAACAAAUACCAAAUAUUGCCCCAAGUGCCGUGCAUCAAUUCAGAAAGAUGGUGGGUGCAAUAAAAUGAUCUGUGGUCGUUGUGGACAUAUUUUUUGCUGGAUCUGCUUCUCUUGUCUUAAAGAGAAUUCAUAUUUACACUUUAUCGAUAAAAAAUCAAAAUGUGUUACUGAAUAUCAUGGUUAAUGCAGGUCAUAAGGUUAUAUCCUAAAGCAUUAUGUGUUGCCAAAGCUGCAUUCCAGGCUCAUCAAGACUAUUUAUGGAUCACCACAGAACCUAAGCAUUUCCAAAAUGGAAAGCCAGUAUAUUUUCAAUCCAUAUUUAUUUGGGGAGAUACUAAUUAAAAAACAUUAUUUUCAAAUAUUAUA